GAGACAUGCUGGCACAAUAACGAAAUCACGAAAUAAGGAAAAUAAUAUGUAGCUGUUUUAUGAGCUGACAAUUACCUUCGUGAUAUGAUGGUAUUUACGGUUGUCAGCGCGCGUCCGGUGCGCCAGUGGUUAUCACCAUGCGUUUGAUUGCGUUCUCCAUGGCUUUUCAACAGGACAGGAGCAGGACAGUGAGGGACUUGUCUGGGCGUCUCGGUGGGCCGUCGGGGUCCGUGGGGCUCUGCACCUUUGGCACGUCUACUGCCUGCUGUUUAGGCUGGAUGAAUGUCAUGGGUGUCUGCCAGCCUGUGUGCAACAAGCCUUGCAGGAAUGGAGUCUGUGUGGGUCCAGACAAGUGCUCCUGCUCUGUGGGAUACAAGGGCCAGCAAUGUGACCAAGAUGUGAAUGGGUGUGGACUCCCAGAGCAACCGUGCUCCAACAGCUGUAUGAACACCCAGGGUAGUUACCGGUGUUACUGCGACCCCGGAUAUAACCUCAUGAUAGAUGGAUCAACCUGCACCAAAGAGCAUGAGUGUUCUUCCUCACGCUGCCAUUUCGCUUGCCAGAUCGACUGGGGGAGAGGUGCGCUGUCUGUGUGCCCCCGGCCUCCACCUGGCCGCCAACAACAGGACCUGUGAAGAUGUGGAUGAGUGUCGCGGGGCGUCAGAUGUUUGCCCUCCCCGGCACACUUGCAAGAACACCUUUGGCAGCUUUGUGUGUGUGCAGGGAGGGCUUCGUGUUGGGGACGCUCCAGGACUCAGUGCAG